GGGAGCUCUAGAGAAUGCUUUGAAGGGUCAUGCCAGCAGCAUACGACAGAUCCACAAAGAACAGGUCGUCCCUAUGGAGCAGGCCAUGAAAUUUGUCCGAGCGCGGAGCACCCUCAGCCAGAGCAUCCGGCUACUGCAGAGGACAGCUGAGGAACUACCUGUGAAGGUGACUAACGUCCUUAGUGCCAUCGACGAAGCAGAGUACCUCAUCACACACAACGCUUCACGCGUGGUUAAACAGGAGAGAGAUGUCUACAUGCAGAGCCUGGUUGGAUACUUCAGACAGUACACAGACUGGGUCAAAAACUCUCUGACAGGGGAGGUGUCUCAGUGUAAGCCCAUCACUAACCUCAUUGACUCCAUGGAGAUCGUUGCCUGCAGCUUCAUAGUCGACUCAGUGAACACGUUCUGGUUCGGUCUGGGUGGUUGCUGUGUGUUCCUGGUUCCCAGCAUCAUCCUGUCAGUCAAACUGGCCAAGUACUACAGGAGGAUGGAUACGGAGGAUGUGUUUGAAGAGGGCCAAGAAAACUGGUAGAGAAACAAAGGUGGGAAAGAGAACAAAACAACAACAACCCAAGAAGACAGAACUCUGCUGAUCUCCGCCCCACAACAACCUGAUUGGAUAAGGACCUUAGCUGCCAGCCAAUUACAGUAGCCCAAAUGAUGCCCUGUACGUUCCAUCGCCCAAUCACAUCACUAGUUCUGUCUGACGUCACCGUAGUUUCUGAACAUUACACCUGUGUGAACAUGUUGGUGGAUAAUUUCUAUAUAGUUGAUUUGAUAUAUCAGAGUUAUUAUAGACAAGUGUUGUGUUUGUUUCUACUCAGCUGGAACCACUGACUCGUCUCAACGACUUGUACAUUUUAUACGCUUUCAACACCUUUGAAAGUUUUAUAUAUUUUUAAUAUAAUAUGUUAGCAUGUUAGCGGACGCUAGCUACCAAACCAUGUUAGCAUGUUAGCAGACGCUAGAUACAAAACCAUGUUAGCAUGUUAGCAGACACUGGCUACCAAACCAUGUUAGCAUGUUAGCAGACACUAGA